AUGCCUGGAGGGCUGGGGAUCCUCACCGCCCUCACGCAGCCUACCCCGGAGGCGCUCCGCGUUGCCAUCCGCGAAACGAGAGCUGCUACAGACAAGCCGUUCGGCGUCAAUAUCACCCUACUGCCCACCAUCAAUCCUCCGGACUAUGAGGGUUAUGCCCACGCUGCUGUAGAGGAAGGCGUUCGAAUCUUCGAGACAGCAGGCAACAAUCCCGGCAAACUUAUUGAGUACUUCAAGUUACAUGGGUGUAUAGUCAUACACAAGUGUACGAGUAUCAGACACGCAAAGUCCGCAGAACGUAUGGGUGUCGACGUGCUCAGUAUUGACGGCUUCGAAUGUGCUGGCCAUCCAGGAGAAGAGGACAUUGGUGGUCUCGUUUUGCUAGCGAGGGCAGCUCAGGAACUGAAGAUACCAUACAUUGCCUCCGGUGGAAUUGCUAAUGGCCGUGGAUUAGCUGCUGCCCUUGCGCUCGGUGCUGCUGGUGUGAACAUGGGUACUCGUUUCAUGUGCACUAUCGAGAGUCCAAUUCAUCAGAACGUUAAGGACACGAUCGUGAAGGCGACUGAACAGGACACGAUACAUAUCUUCCGCACCCUCAAGAACACUGCUCGUGUUUUCAAGAAUACGGUCGCUACGGAGGUCGUCACUUUGGAACGCAGACCUGGUGGCGCUCAGUUCUCGGAGCUUCGCGAUUUGGUGUCUGGUGCACGAGGUAAACUUGUAUACGAGAACGGGGACCCGGAGUACGGUAUAUGGAGCGCUGGUGUUGUGUUGGGCCUUAUUAAGGAUAUACCAAGUUGCGAAGAACUACUCAGGGGGAUAGAGAAGGAGGCAGAGGAUACUAUUGCAGGGUUGGGUAGAAGUGUACGACCGAAAGCCAAGCUGUAG